CAUACUAAAUCAAUAAGUCUAUCAGUACCAUAAAAUGUCUCUCUCGGAAAAGGCUGAGAGCUUGCAUCAAAAGAUGUUGGAGUUCCCAACAUCAAAGUUAUUUGGACAGGAUGAACUUCAAGAACUUCUCAACAUUCCAAAUCCAAUGGAAUUGGUGAAAACAGCCCAAGAACUUGUGUCUAAUAAUCUUAUCAAAUUAAUGAAGCAAGGUGAUGAGUUGAAAUUUCAAGCCAUAUCAACCUCGGAAGCCUCCAAGAUUUCUUCCAUGUCUAACGAUGAAGCCAUGAUUUAUUCCCAUAUUGAAGCUUCUGGAAGAGAAGGUAUCUGGACUAAGACCAUCAAGGCAAAGACAAACUUACAUCAACAUAUUGUUGUUCGUUGUUUGAAAUCUCUUGAAAACCAACGUUAUAUCAAGUCGAUCAAAUCGGUUAAACAUCCAACAAGAAAGAUCUAUAUGUUGUAUAAUUUACAACCAUCUAUUGAAGUCACUGGUGGUCCUUGGUUUACUGAUAGUGAACUUGACACGGAGUUUAUUGACUCCUUAUUGACUGUCAUAUGGAGAUUUGUUGCCUCCAAGAGUUUCCCUACCGCAUUCCAACCGCCAUCAUCAAGUAAUAACAUGGUUCAAGCAUCUUUCCCUUCAAAUCACACUGGAUUCAUUAAUUUGGAUGAUAUCAUGGAAUUUAUUACUUCCAACAAAAUUACAAACAUAGAAUUGGCCACCAAUGAUAUUAGAUCUCUUUGUGAAGUGCUUAUCUACGAUGAUAAGCUUGAACAAGUCAAUGGUACCAUGGAUACUUAUAAGGCAUCUUGGCAAAGUGUGCUAGAAGCCGGGUAUGGCCGAGCUUACCUUGAAGAUGAGGUAGUGAAAACAAAGUACAAACUGUUGAUUGAUGGUUCAUCGUUCUCUAUAUUUGACUGUCAUUCCGAGAUACAACCGUCUGAAGAACAAGAUCCAGAUAUUGUUUAUCUUGAUUCAUGGAGUCAUGAAUAAUUUAAAACAAAAAUUAAUUAUUAAUUAAUAACACAUAGCAUAGAUUUAAUACAUAUACG